AUGGGACCUGCAGCCACACCGAUUAGGCGCACGCCCCGGUCCUCGACCAGCAACGCAAACCUGAUCUCUAUUACCCACCCUACAUUCAAUUCAUUCAGCAGCAGUAGGAACUUCAGUGACAGCGAUGUCAUCGAAGGCCUCUCAGUGUCCUCGCCCGCCUCCUCUAUGGACGAUGUCCCAUCCCCCAUCAUCGCCAAGCAUGUCAAGGAGAUCCCAAAGGUCAAGGCUAAGAAUGACUUCUCGGUACUGAAUGAGCCCUGGACCGUCGGCAACUUCCACAGGAAGCUGGAUUGGGUCCAUGUGCUUGGCCUCAUCUUUAUGCCGAUCUACGGGUUCUACAUGGCCUUCACAUCUGUCCCACUGCAACAAAAGACGGCGAUCUUUGCGGUUGCUUAUUACUUCUUCACAGGAUUGGGUAUUACUGCAGGAUACCAUCGUCUGUGGUCUCACCGAGCCUACAGUGCAGGGCCCGUCCUUCAGUUCAUCCUCAUGAUUGCCUCAACUGGCGCCAUGCAAGGGUCGAUUCUCUGGUGGUGCCGUAACCAUCGUGCCCACCAUCGCUACACUGAUACUGAGAAGUCCAAUGGCGUAGAUUGGUCUUCCUAUGUGGCCCUUGAGGAUCCCUACGGAGCACAAAAGGGCCUGGUUUGGUCCCACUUCCUCUGGAUGCUGAUGAGACAAGACCCCACAACUGUGGGCUGGGCUGACAUCUCGGACUUAAAAGCCAACAGGCUGGUCAAGUUCCAGCACAACCAGUUCCUCUGGCUCGCUCCCUUAGUCUCCUUGGGUGUGCCCACCAUCGUCGCAGGUCUCGGCUGGGGUGACUACUGGGGCGGGUUCAUCUACGGAGGUAUCAUCCGCCAGUUUGUUGUCCACCAUGCUACGUUCUGCGUCAAUUCUCUGGCUCACUGGCUGGGCGAUAUGCCCUUUGACGACCGCCACACGCCCCGCGAUCACAUCCUAACGGCCCUCGUCACCCUCGGAGAGGGAUACCACAACUUCCAUCACGAGUUUCCCCAGGACUAUAGAAACGCAAUCAAGUUCUAUCAAUACGAUCCAACAAAAUGGUUGAUUGCGUUCUGUGCCUUUAUCGGCCUUGCCUCGAACCUAAAACGCUUCCCCACGAACGAGAUUAAGAAGGGUCAAGUCAGGAUGCAGCAGCAGCAGUUGGAUAGAGUCAAGUCUACAUUGCUCUGGGGCACCCCCAUCGACAAAUUGCCAGUCUUUACAUUUGAAGAGUUCCAGGAGCUGGCCUUGGAGAAGAAGCAGACUGUUACCUUGAUCGAGGGUAUCAUUUACGAUAUCUCGAGCUUUAUUGACGAACAUCCAGGCGGACGGAGUUUGAUUCUGAGCGCUGUCGGCAAGGAUGCGACUACGUCGUUCAAUGGAGGUGUCUACGACCACUCUAACGCUGCAAGGCAUUUGCUUGAGAGGAUGAGAAUUGGUGUUGUUGCUGGCGGCGGAUACGUUGAGCACCGUCGCAGCUCCACCGCGCCCCGCCUGUCGUCCACACCUAUGAGCUCAUAUCCUCCGAUCACAUCAGCUGUUAACCAGGCGCUUAUGCAACACCGACCCAUCUUUGAGGCUAUGGACACGACAUUCCGUGACAUUAUGGGCAGCGUGGUCGGCACCAUCGUCAGCAUCUCCCGUGUCAAGAGCAUCUGCGAGCGGCUGACCAGAAAAUACCGAUAG